CUACAACAUGAUAAUAUUAUGAGCGUUGACAUUUCCAUCUAGACUAACACACUUGCUUCUCCCCUCAGAUACCAACUCCCUUCAAAAAAACCAACACAACCCAGCAAAUAUCCAGUAUGCACCACCCACCCUCUAACCAGCCUCUCCUCCCCCUCCUCAAUUUUCAUCCUAAUUAGUUCUAACUAAUUUGAUUAGACUAAAUUGGAUUAGAUAAGAUCAGAUGAGCUCAAACAACACGUCGGCGUCGUUCGGCCCCGACAGCAGCGGGGACGACGGCACGGCCGGCAUGUUCGCGUCGGACCGCAUCGGCGGGUUCGGGUAUGGAGUCGGUGUUUCCGUCGGCAUCCUCCUCCUCAUCACCACCAUCACUCUCGCCUCCUACUUCUGCACCCGGUCCACCGCCAACAGCUCCACCGACCCCCGCAGUCGGCCAGCGCGCCGCACCGGCAGACCGGCGGAGGAGAUGAUGGUGAUAGCCGACGACAUCGAGCUCGGGCUCGACGAGGGGACGCUGAUGAGCUACCCGAAGGUGCUCUACGCGGAGCUGAAGAAGAAGAAGAAGGGCGAGAAAGAGUCGGCAGUGAUCGCGGCGGCAGCAUCGACGUGCUGCUCGAUAUGCCUCUCGGACUACAAGGAGGCUGAUGUUCUCCGGGUGCUGCCGGAAUGCGGCCACGCGUUCCACCUUACGUGUGUCGACACAUGGCUGCGGUUGCACCCUACCUGCCCGCUCUGCCGGACCUCCCCCGUCCCUUCCCCCCUCCCCACCCCCCUCGCAGAGGUCGUACCUCUCGCGAGGCAAUCAUGAUCUAGAAGGUUCUUUUUUUCUCCCUUUUUUUUUUAUCUUUCUUUUGUACUUUUUGAUUUGUGGGUAGGUUCAUUAGUGUGAUUCAAGAAUGAUUAGAUUCAAGUUAGUGUUAUACAUAUCAGAAAAAUGGAAGCAAUUCUCUGCUCAUUCCUCUGAGAAGCUGGGGAAAAAAACAA